AUGCAAAACCUUGCUGCGUCACCACAAGAGGUGCAAGGCUGGUUGCAACGUCUUGCCGCCGCGGUCGCCCGAUGGCCGGUACUAACAGCCGUGCUUUCUUGCAGCAUCAAGGCGGCACUCGCGGAUUUGGUUGUACAGGUGCUGAUCGAGCGUCGAGACAAGCUUGACAAGCAGCGGAACUUCCUGUUCAUGGGGUUUGGAGGACUCGUACAGGGAGGUUUCCAGUAUUUCCUUUGGAACGUCAUUUUCGAACGAAUUUGGCCGGGAAGAAGCAAGCUGGCCAGCUUCUGUAA